AUGAUCAACGAGCCAGCCGCGUACGCAGCCUGGUGCUGCUUCGUGCCGAACGUGCUCACCUCGGUCGCGAUCGAGACCGCGGGCACGGGCGGCGCCAUGGGCGGCGGCGACCCGAGGGUCGACCCGUCUUUUGGCAUGCUGCAGGGCCUCCUCGAUCCGCAGCGCUUCCGAAAUGUCGUGCUGAACCUGAAGAAAGGCAUCUACAUCGAGCCGGGCGGCGGCACGCGAGCCGUCGGCGCGCCGCCCGCAGUCGACUCGCUCGGCCGCACGCUCGGCGCGCUGGGUCUCCCCGCCGCCGGCACGCUCGCCACCGCGGCGGCGGCGUCUCCGGCCAUCGGCGGCAGUGCGAUGGAGCAGUACCUCGCUGAGAUGGUCGGCGUCCUCCACAACAUCGACCAGAACCUUUUUCAUAUCCGCUCACGGGUCCCUGAUCGCCUCUUCACGGGUCCCUGCUCCUCCUAA